AUGCAGAUCACCACUAUCAUCUCUCUUGCGGUCAUGACCGGCGUUGCCGUCGCCAAGCUGCACAGCUCUGCUGUCUGCGUCACAGCCAGGAAGUACGGCAGCACUGGCAACGGAACGCCGUGGGGCAUCACCUACGGAUCGUACAAGGACUACGAGAUUCUCCCUGAUGCGACCAAGUGCGCCUGCAACUACUACAAGAACCGCAACACCGGCAACAACCAGUGGGACAAGUGCCCCGACUGCACUUUUGAUGGCCUUCAGUGCAAUUCCAAUGGCUGGCACAUUGGUGGUGAUGAGAUGAACUACUACUGCGAGAAGAAGUGCGGUGCGCAGGGCUCCGAGGCCAACUGA